AUGACUUGCAUUUUUGGGGAAAAAAAUUAUUUAUGGGAAGUGUUAGCUCUAUUAAAAGAUAUUGAUGUUUAAAUAUUGUGCUUUAUAAUUGAAAUAUUUAGAAGAGAGAAAGUCUAAGACAGCCUUGAAUAUCUUGCAAAUGAGGUAAAUUAAAAACAUUUCAAAUAAUAUAUAUUACAAGAAGUUAACUUAUCAAAAGUAGAAUAGGAAUAGAAGUCUUGCACUUUAAUAGAUAACAUUAAGUCAAUUACUAAUAUUAUGCAAUUACUUAAAGAUCAUGACUUUAAUAAAAAUGAUUUUUCAGAUGCUUAAAAUUUGAUAAUUAGAGAAGAUAUAAUUAAAAACAUAAAAUAUGAACAGAAGAUCAUUGAGGUUUUAAAAUUCUUAGUUCACCUAACCGCUAUAGAUGAAAAAUUCAUCUAAUGUGGAUCAAACUCACUAAGUAUAUUAGUUGAAAUGAAGGUUGUUUUGAAAAAACAAUCUUUUGAUAAUAUUAGGAUUAAAAAUACUUCUUUAAUUGGAGCUAAUUUUGCCAGAUGUAAUUUGAAUGGAUCUGAAUUUAAUAAUGUUAACAUUAGUGGAAUAAAUUUAAAUGGAGCUUAAUUAAUAAAUUGUAAAUGGAACAAAUUAACAAUACAUGAGUUACAUCAAUUAGUUAAUCAUUCUAGUAGUGUCAAUUCAAUACGCUUUUCUCCUGAUGGUACUUUAUUAGCAUCUGGCGGUGGAAGUCCUUAUACUGGUUGUGAUUGCUCUAUCCGUUUAUGGGAAGUUAAGGCAGGAAGAUUAUUAUUGAAUUUAUAGGGUCAUUUUGAUUAUAUUCAAUCAGUAUGCUUUUCUCCUGAUGGUUCUACAUUAGCUUCUGGUAGUGAUGAUAAAUCAAUCCGUUUUUGGGAUGUUAAGAUAGGAUAAUAAAAAGCUAUAUUGUGUGGUCAUACUAGUUGUGUAAAGUCAGUAUGCUUUUCUCCUGAUGGUACUAAAUUGGCAUCUGGUAGUGAUGAUAAGUCAAUCUGUUUAUGGGAUGUUCAGACAGGAUAAUAAAGAGCCAAGUUGUGUGGUCAUACUAGUUGUGUGAAUUCAGUAUGCUUCUCUCCUGAUGGUAAUACAUUAGCAUCUGGUAGUAGGGAUAUGACAAUUCAUUUUUGGGAUGUCAAGACAAAAAAAAAAAAAUUGAAACUAGAUGGUCACACUAGCUAUGUAAUAUCAGUAUGCUUUUCUCCUGAUGGUUUUACAUUAGCCUCUGGUAGUGAUGAUAAAUCAAUCCGACUAUGGGAAGUUAAGUCAGGACUAUAAAAGUUUAAAUUAGAUGGUCAUAGUAGGGAAGUUUUAUCAGUAUGCUUCUCUCUUGAUGGUAUUACAUUAGCAUCUGGAGGUAGAGAUAAUUAUAUCUGCUUAUGGGAUCUUAAUACUGGGAAAUAAAUAUCAAAAUUAAAUGGUCAUAGUUGUAAUGUCUAUUCAGUAUGCUUCUCUCCAGAUAACAAUAUAUUAGCAUCAGGUAGUGGGGAUAAGUCUAUCCGUUUAUGGGAUGUUAAGGCAAGCCAAAACAAACUUUAAUAAGAUGGACAUAGUGAUUCUGUCCAAACAGUAUGCUUUUCUCCUGAUGGUACUAUAUUAGCAUCUGGUAGUCAUGAUAAAUCUAUCCGAUUAUGGGAUGCUAACACUGGAAAUUAAAAAUCGAUAUUUUGUGGUCAUAGCGGAAUUGUAUAUUCAGUAUGCUUUUCUAUUAAUGGUUUUACAUUAGCAUCGUGUAGUAGUGAUUAGUCUAUCCGUUUAUGGGAAGUUAACACAGGGAAAUAAAAAUUAAAAAUAAAGGGUCAUAGUAGUUGGGUUCAUUCACUCUGUUUCUCUCCUGAUGAUACUAAAUUAGUAUCUGGAAGUAGUGAUAACUCUAUCCGUUUAUGGGAUGUUAACACUGGAAAAUAAAUUUUUAAAUUAGAUGGACAUAGUGAUUAUGUAUGUUCAGUAUGCUUUUCUCCUGAUGGUACAUCAAUAGCAUCCGGUAGUGACGAUAGUACUAUUUGUUUAUGGGAUGUUAAAACAGGAGAGCUAAUAUAUUCAUUAGAGGGUCAUUGUAAUUCUGUCACAUCAAUAUGUUUCUCUCCUAAUGGUGCUAUUUUGGCAUCCUGUAGUUUAAAUCGCUCUGUCAUGUUAUGGGAUGUUAAAACAAGACAACUAAAAUCUAAAUUAGAUGGUCAUAGUAAAAGUGUUUAUUCUGUAUGCUUUUCUUCUGAUAGUACUACAAUAGCAUCUGGUAGUAAGGAUAAAUCAAUUCGUAUAUGGGAUGUUAAGACAGGACAAUUAAAGUAAAAAUUAGAGGGUCAUUAUGAUUCUGUACUGACAUUAUGCUUCUCUCCUGAUGGUACUACAUUAGCAUCUGGUAGUGAAGAUAAAUCUAUACGUUUAUGGGAUAUGAGAACAGAAAAACAAAUUUAGCCCUCGAAUAAAAGUUAAAAAGAAUUUAUUAUUAAAUUUCUAAAAGACCUUUCUUAUUCAGAAGGUAGUAUUUAUAUUUAUUUCAUUUAGUUUGCACUAAUAUUACAAUUCUUCUUAUAUCCAAAUAUCCAGUAUUUUAAGCAUGUGGAGCUUUAAUCUUUUAGGCUGAAUUUAUAAAUCACUUAGGUAUAGAUCUAAAAUAACUAUUAAAAUAAAAAGGAAGUUAUAUUAUGUAAAACUAGUGGAAAGAAAUUAUAAAUUGA